AUGCGUGCCUUCCUCCUCCUUCUGUGCGCCAGCCUUUCUGCAACUAUGGAAAUCAACGCGCUUAUCGGUGUUUCCCCCGUAUCGCCCCUGUUCGAGUCAGAACUUCUCCCCCGUGCCAACAUCGACCUGAAGUGUGUGGCCUCUAUUGUGGAAAAGACCUUCCCCACCGAGAUUCCUGACGCCCAGUUCGCCAGCUGGGUUCUCACUCAGUCGCCCGAGAUGCCUGCCUGCACUGUCACCGUCCCCGCCAGCUUCUCCUCAGAGUAUCUGAGCUACGACAAGGUCAUAUCCACCUUUGCCAGCACCAUCACCUCUGCAGUCCAGAACGUCAAGUACACCUGCGGCGACCCUUUUACUGUCAGCUUCACCGACCACUACUGCGCCACUUCGCGCACUGUCCUCUUCACCAGCCGGAACAAGACCGACACCACCGUCCUGCCUGUGAUGACUGACACUGGCCCAAUCGUCCUCGGUGCUGCCCAACGCGACGCCGUGCCCCGAGCGUUGAGUGUUUUGGCGAUUGGCACUGUAAUAGUCGCGCUGGCUCUUUGA